UCCCUCAGUACAACAUCUGCAUGUUUCUUGAACACCUCCAGGGAUGGUGAUUCCCUCAUCUCCUUGGGCUGCUUCUUCAAGUUCCCAACAGAACUUCUUUUCCCUUUUCAGCUGUUUGUGCUCCUCAUCCCUCCCUUCUACAAGAAAACUAACCAAAAAGAAACAAGCAAGCAAUUCAGUUUCCAGCUGCAUCAGCCUCACAAACACCAGGGCCACCUCUCAGCUGCAAGAGCCAGCUAAUGGAAUAAUAGGAGCUGCUGGAGGCAAGUUCAUAAGCUGCGGGAUGCGCAAUGGAUCGCCUGCAGGCUCUGCCACUGACUCACCCCAUACCUUUGCAUCGAGCAGUUCACUGCUUCCUGGAUCUCCCAUGAUUGUAUGCAUUGAAGUUAGUUGGACCAUCAUUGCACAGCUCUGUGGACCAUCAUUGCACAGUUAUUUGGACCAUCAUUGCAUGGCUAUUUGGACCAUCAUUGCACAGUUAUUUGGACCAUCAUUGCACAGCUCUUUGGACCAUCAUUGCACAGUUAUUUGGACCAUCAUUGCAUGGCUAUUUGGACCAUCAUUGCACAGUUAUUUGGACCAUCAUUGUACAGCUCUUUGGACCAUCAUUGCAUGGCUAUUUGGACCAUCAUUGUACAGCUCUUUGGACCAUCAUUGCACAGCUAUUUGGACCAUCAUUGCACGGCUAUUUGGACCAUCAUUGCAUGGCUAUUUGGACCAUCAUUGCACAGCUCUUUGGACCAUCAUUGCACGGCUAUUUGGACCAUCAUUGCACAGCUAUUUGGACCAUCAUUGCACAGUUAUUUGGACCAUCAUUGCACAGCUCUUUGGACCAUCAUUGCACAGUUAUUUGGACCAUCAUUGCACAGCUAUUUGGACCAUCAUUGCACAGUUAUUUGGACCAUCAUUGCACGGCUAUUUGGACCAUCACUGCACGGCUAUUUGGACCAUUGUUGCUCAGCUUUUUGGACUGCCAUGGUUUCUCCUCCAAGCAGGAAGACUUGGAUGCAAGAAUCACAGGAAAUGA